AUGGACUGCGGAUCUCAUACGCAAAAGGUUAAUGAUGAGAGACGCUCCCUAUUAUCCUUCAUUUGUCCCCGUCUACUUUCCUUUGGUACCGCUGAUAAUUUCCGGAUCUCGCUUAUCAGUCGGAACCUCUUAUCUGAAUUUGAGGCUUGUGAUACAAGCGUCCUGUCAGGGAAUGAGCUGAUGAAAGUGUUUCUUCGUCUGAAGCCCUUCAUGCAAAGCGGACAGGAUCUGGACGAUAAGCCUGUGCUCAAAUACGUAAACAAGCACACGGUCACGGCCAAUCCUCCAGGAACCAGAAGAUUAGGCAUCCGAGAAAGCAGACGGACCAAUCACAGAUUUACUUUUUCUCAAGUUUUUGAUUCAGCUGCAACCCAGUCGUCCGUCUUCUCCGUUGUUGCGGUCGAUCAAAUCCGGGGCUUCUUGGAGGGGCUUAAUGGGCUUAUAUUUGCUUACGGAACGACUGGCUCUGGAAAAACCUACACUAUGCAAGGAUGCCUCCGCGACAUGGGUCUUAUUCCACGCACUUUAUGUGUCCUUUUCCGCUCGGUUAAAAACUCAAUGAAUCCAUCUCUCUUGCCAAAGGAUUUUUCCGAUGUCACUAAUCUCAGUCCUGCAGAAGUAGAGAAGCUCCUCAGAGACAAAGCAGCUCUGCUCAAACUGGGCAACCACGUACUAGAGGAUUCUUUCGGUAUAGAAGACGGGGAUCUAGAGUCAGUUUCCCAGCUCACAAUCUUUGGCUCUAAUGCAAGCAAUGUGUCUGCCGAUACGCCGUACGCAUCCGUUCCUAACGGAUGUAUUACUCAGCCCCUCCGAUCUACUAACGAUCUUCGGUUCACGUUCUGGAUUAGCUUUGCUGAAAUCUACAACGAGUUAGUUUAUGACCUUCUGGAUCCUUCUCAAUGCAUGAUAGUUACUCAGUUGGGCAGCUCCAAUCGCCCUGGUGGUGUUCCUGUGCAGCAGAAAAACAUUUUCAGUACGGUUCCUGGACACUCCGGUCUCGCUGAUCUAAAUUCUCACCGGCUGCGGAGGAAGUCGUUGGAUCUAAGAACCGACAAAAACGGGAACGUUUUCAUAAAAGGGCUCAAUGUGUUUCCGCUGAGUUCUCCGGAGGAAGCUCUCCGUCUCAUACUAGUCGGUCGGCAGUUUCAAAGAGUCGCUGCAACCCGUCUGAACGAAGCGAGCUCACGUUCGCAUACCAUUCUGACUAUCAAAGCGGUGCGUGUUGUGGACAAAGAUAAUCCAAAAUUCGCAAGAAUAAGCAGCUUAACAUUCUGUGAUUUAGCUGGCAGUGAAAGAUCUGAGAAAGCGGAAACAGGAGGGCAAGCCGCCCGCCUUCGAGAAGCUGGAACUAUCAACACCAGCUUACUUACUUUAGGCAGAUGCAUUGAAUGUCUACGCUACAAUCAAUCUCAUCCGGACAAUCCGAGGCUUGUUCCCUACAGAGACUCCAAACUAACACGGCUAUUCCAAGGCUUUUUUACCGGUCGUGGUAAAGCCUGUAUGAUCGUCAAUGCAUCACCGAACCCUGAACUUUUCGAUGAGACCUUACACGCGUUGCGUUUUUCCGCUUUGGCGACACGUAUCAUCGUGCACUCAAAUUCAAUCGUUGACACAUUUGUGCAACCGGGUCCUGACGGGGAUCUUGGCGUUAAUGAGAAACCUAAGAGUCAAUUUCGUUCCAGUCCCACUCCUGAUCUUUCGUCGCCUCCAGGAAACAACUCUGUCAUUCAGACCCCACCCACCGUCGUCCCAAAAGCCACGGUAGUCCGCGUAAGACACUCGAGCGUACCUGAAGCUCAACAACGGCUGCUUGCCUCUGAAGCGGAUCAGUCCGGACUCCUAGAUGAGACCAAAGUUGAAUUAUCGGUUGGAUCUGGCACCAUCUUGGGUUCAUCUACUACUCCUACAACCACUGAAAACGUUGACAUCGCCUUGGAACAGUUCACAAAACAGGAGCUCAUUUCUAUGGUUAGGGAAUUAUCGGAACAGCUGUUUGAUUCCAAGGCUGAAGUGGUUGAACAACAAUCUCGGUUUCGGGACGAGAUGUGUGAGGCUAUGAAUCGUCAAUUGGUCGAGUUCGAGCGCUUGUACGAAGAGUCGUGGAAUGCACAAGAGAAGCUUAUUUUGGAGCAAUCCAAGCGACGGAGGAAACAAUAUGAAGAAUUGGCGACUGACCAGAGUGAUCGAUCGUCUCAGAAGAGAAAACGAUUUCGUCAAGAUGAUUCUGUUGGUAGCAAUGGCGACGGUGCCGCGAUGAACGAAAGCUGUUUCACUGAACCCCAUGAAGCAUCAAACGGACAUCGUCAUUCCGAGCAUGUGACUCAAUUACGUGAACACAUCCGAGAUUUAGAGGGUGAACUGGCCGAUCAUCGUGAUGCCAUUGAACUUUUGUCCAGGGAGCGGGAUCAGCUGCGUUUAGAUGUAACUCGGCUAGAAUUCGCCAACUCUCAUCUGCAAAAGACGUUAGAUACUUCGCGCACCGAAAAUUCCCAGAGAGCUUUCUCAGAAGCUGCUUCCCAAACUGAGCUCUUAAGACCCGUUGAAGCUACAUUUUCAUCGGCCCAUGCACAGGACUCAACUGGUGCUUCCACAACGGAGGAUUGUCAAAUGGUACUUCAUCUAACCCAGCUUCAGAAUCCUAUCCAACUUCGCCAAUCAGACCAUCUGGAUGCGGAUGCGCAGGUGCAGCGAUUACGGGAGGAAAAUCAACAGCUUCUCACUAAAUUGGCUGAUGUAAGGGGUUGUAUUCAACAAGCAAUUGAAGAAAAACGGGCAGUUGAACUGGAACUCACACAGCUUCAAUGCAAUCUCUCCGUCGACGAUGGAGAAUACACUCGAUUCACUCAAAUCGAGGAGGUGAGUAAGCUACGUCGCGAGCUUGCAGAGUCCAACGCUAGUCACCAAGCUGUUUUGCAUGCCACCGAAGCUAGAUGCAUCGCUGAACGAAACGAAGCAUUACGGAGCCUGAGAGAAGAUCUAGAAAGUGAUUUACGCACACAACAAGAACUGGUGGCUGCACUGAAAGCUCGGGUACCUGAGCGGCAUGUUUCUGUUCAAACGACAACUCUUCCUCAGGCCUCAGUCGAUAUUUUUGUUCAGACGGUUUCUCCUGCCAAGCUUCAAUCCUCGGAUGCUUCGAUACAGGUGUUGUUCCAAAACACCUCCGUGGGUUCACAGACGGUUUCACCAACUCCGGCAUCCGCGCUGCCAAGUCAUUUUCCGAAUCUUAUUGGGGCUUUCGGAAGGUCGCUCACUCAUUCUGGCCGUUUGGAGGCGACGAAUUCUGAUACUGAACGGACUAUUGAGAACACCAUCAUUUCAUCAUAUCAUCGCAAGAGGAAGCUAUGUCUUCGGCGUAGAAAAUCCCGGUCAAAGAAUCCACAAAAGUUACCCUCUCCCGUUCGUGCUCCGCAGUUCAUCUCGGAUAGCGACUCCGAUGGCGAAAAAGAAAAUCGAGACGGAAGCAAUGCUAGUAAGGAGGAUAUGGUGAGAUCCACUUCGGAGCCUAUCCGCUCAGCCAGAACGAGAACGACAUCUCGCCAAGUUCGUGGUACUAUCUGCAAUGAAACCCCAUAUGAAACCAAGAAUUCGUCAAUCAAGGUCCGUCACACUCGAUCAGCUGUCGCGACGAGACGCCUCCCUCCUUUGGCUGAGUCCACUCAGCUGUUAGCUGAUUCCUUUUUCCAAGAUGAUAUUGAUGCCGCUCUUGAACAACUCGACUCGGAUUCCAAAGUAGUUAAUACUCGUCGUCAGCUAAGAGCGUCAGUUCGUCAGCUGACUCGAAAACGACGCUAGCUAACCAGAUUUGCAGCGGCGUAGAGAUUCAUACGUGUUCUCGACUGAUUUUGUGCAGCUGUAUAUAGUUUUUUACCCCUUGACUGCUUUAUCUGUUUUCUACUACUUAUGUUUGCCCCCCUUUCCUUACUGCUCAACUCUUUUAGAUCUUGUCUUAAGACAAGUCUCUUUUAUCAUUUCUGCUGCUGCUUUCGAAUUUCGCCGAUAAGAUGUGUACUUUUGGACUCCUUGUAUUUCCCAUUCCCCUUGGUCAUGAUUCCCGAAG